AUGAGACGGCUCUGCCUCUCCGCAGCCCUUCUCGUCCUCCUGGUUAUCCUGGUGGACAGCACCCCGCUGAAUAUACACCAUACCCAGGAUGAAGGUCUGGAGACAAGCCAUAGACAGGGACGUGAGAAGCAUUCAACAAAAGAUCUGAUUAAAAAUAUCAUCGAUGGUGUGUCUAAAGGUGCCAAGAUUGUCAAAGCAGGAUCCGGUUUAGCAAAUGAAGUGGCUAAAGCAAUACAUAAAAGAAAGAAAGGUCACGUGGUGGUUUCCAGGGCACACCUCAAGAACCAUACAGUUAGAGGAGUUCCCAACACCCAAUACUCAACACUCAAUACUCAACACUUAAUACUCAAUGAGAAGAACAAAGCAGAUUCUAGGCCUGACUUCUGCCUGAAGCCUAAAGUAGUAGGUAUCGGCAAGGCCUCGAUGCGCAGGUACUUCUACAACGCCAAGACCGGUCACUGUGAGCCGUUUACAUACGGCGGCAUCAGAGGGAACAAAAACAACUUCCUAACACUGGGGGACUGCAGGAAGACCUGCCAUCCAAAGGCACAGUCCCUGUGGUAA